UGAUCAUAUUGCAAUAUCGACGCUUGUUCGCCGCUAGUAAACAGUGAGCGACUUUCAAUUGUUGUGUGAACUAGCCCUUUAAUUUAAAACAGACGCACUAGUUCUCGGCGCGCGCACGCGGGGGAGGAGGAUAGGGAGGAUGAUAAAAUCUAAACUAGUGUUUUUCUUUCUAAUAACUCUCCUGACGGACUGUCCGCAGCUCUGGUGGUGUUUUGAGGAUGGCAGUGACGACAGAAAAAGCAUAUUUAAUUAUGUGACGAUCGCUGCUAAUGGCGCUCAAUGGAUUUAAUCUGUUUUCUCGCGGAGUGAAAAGCCGGAAGAUGCGCUCGCAUCAGCAUCAAACACACACACACGGUAAAACACGCUAGAAGAGAUGCUGUAAUUUAAACACACACACACACACACUGGAAUAUUACGUAAUAAAAACGGGUUUUCAAUGUGGAGCUGGGGAUGGACGAGCCCGAGGAACCCAAUGAAGGGGCGAACUAUGCCAGCGGCAGCAGAGUGCCCGUCCCCAGCGAUGAAUGUCCGGCGGUCAGUCUCUCCGCGGCUCAGUCCGCCGCUCUCUCCUGGCAGGCCGCCAUUUCUGCCGCCAGAGAAACUCAGGACUCCAGCAAGACCGUGAACCUGUCGGCGGCGGUCAGCGCUGCGCCAGCCGGAUCGCUGUCCCAGAGGAAACGCCAGCAAUAUGCCAAAAGCAAGAAGCAGGGAAGCAGCACCAACAGCAGACCUCCGAGAGCGCUCUUCUGCCUGACGCUCAAUAACCCUGUGCGCAGAGCCUGCAUUAACCUGGUGGAGUGGAAACCUUUUGAUAUCUUUAUACUGCUGUCAAUCUUUGCCAACUGUGUGGCCUUAGCUGUUUACAUCCCCUUUCCCGAAGACGAUUCCAACUCAACUAAUCAUGAUUUGGAAACAGUAGAAUAUGCCUUCCUGAUCAUUUUCACGAUUGAAACCUUCCUCAAGAUCGUUGCGUAUGGACUGGUGAUGCACCAGAACUCCUAUGUGAGAAACGGCUGGAAUAUGCUGGAUUUUGUGAUCGUCAUUGUCGGUCUCUUCAGUGUUGUUCUGGAGCUGAUAACCAAAGAUCGUGAUGUCAGCGGUCAGUCGGGGGGGAAGCCGGGCGGGUUCGACGUCAAGGCUUUGCGGGCGUUCAGAGUCCUGCGGCCCCUCCGCCUCGUCUCAGGAGUGCCAAGCCUACAGGUGGUGCUGAACUCCAUCAUUAAAGCGAUGGUUCCUCUCCUCCACAUCGCUCUGCUGGUGCUCUUCGUCAUCAUCAUCUACGCCAUCAUCGGUCUGGAGCUCUUCAUCGGGAAGAUGCACGCCACCUGUUACCUGAGUGCUACGCGUAUUUUAGCAGAAGAGGAUCCCGCACCCUGUUCUCUGUCGGGUCAUGGGCGUCACUGUCCGCUGAAUGGCACCGUGUGCAGAGACGGCUGGCACGGACCAAACAACGGCAUCACCAACUUUGACAACUUCCUGUUCGCCAUGCUGACUGUGUUCCAGUGCAUCACUAUGGAGGGCUGGACAGAUGUGCUGUACUGGAUGAAUGAUGCCAUGGGUUUUGAGUUGCCUUGGGUUUAUUUCGUCAGCCUGGUGAUCUUCGGCUCCUUCUUCGUCCUCAAUCUAGUGUUGGGAGUUCUCAGCGGUGAGUUCUCCAAGGAGCGCGAGAAGGCUAAAGCCCGCGGAGAUUUCCAGAAGCUGCGUGAGAAACAGCAGCUGGAGGAGGAUCUGAAAGGUUAUCUGGACUGGAUCACUCAAGCUGAGGACAUCGACCCGGAUAAUGAAGAAGAGGGAGAUCAGGAGGCCAAACGCAACCGAGUGAUGCUGGCUGAUCUCAGCCGCUCCAAGAGCACCGCAAACUCAGCCUGGUUCAGUCAGUCCACUGAGACUCAGGCGAGCGUCCCGACCAGCGAAAACGAGUCUGUGAACACUGAGAACCCAGGAGAAGAUGAGAAGAUCUUCUGUGGGCCUUUCUGUCAGAAAUUGACAAAGUCGAAGUUCAGCCGCUGGCGGUGCUGGAACAGGUUUUGUCGCAGAAAGUGUCGAGCCGUGGUAAAGUCCACCGUAUUUUACUGGCUGGUGAUUCUGCUGGUGUUUCUCAACACACUCACGAUAUCAUCCGAGCAUUAUAACCAGCCCGACUGGCUCACGGAGGUCCAGGAUGUGGCUAAUAAGGUGUUGCUAGCGCUGUUCACAUGUGAGAUGCUGAUUAAGAUGUACAGUCUGGGACUGCAGGCGUACUUCGUGUCGCUCUUCAACCGAUUCGACUGCUUCGUGGUGUGCGGAGGAAUCGUGGAGACCAUUCUGGUGGAGCUGGAGAUCAUGUCUCCGCUCGGCAUCUCCGUCUUCCGCUGCGUCAGGCUCCUGCGGAUCUUCAAAGUCACGCGUCACUGGGCAUCUCUCAGUAAUCUGGUGGCGUCUCUGCUGAACUCCAUGAAGUCGAUUGCAUCUCUGCUGCUGUUGCUCUUCCUCUUCAUCAUCAUCUUCAGUCUGCUUGGCAUGCAGCUCUUCGGCGGAAAGUUCAACUUCGAUGAGACUGUGACCAAACGCAGCACUUUCGACAACUUCCCUCAGGCCCUGCUCACCGUCUUUCAGAUCCUGACGGGUGAGGACUGGAACACAGUGAUGUAUGAUGGGAUCAUGGCAUACGGCGGACCCUCUUCAUCAGGCAUGCUGGUGUGCAUCUACUUCAUCAUCCUCUUCAUCUGUGGAAACUACAUCCUACUGAACGUCUUCUUGGCCAUUGCUGUGGAUAAUCUGGCAGAUGCGGAGAGUCUGAACUCAGCCCAAAAAGAGGAGGAGAAGAGGAACAAGAGGAGGAAGAGCAGGAGUAUGAGCAUCUACAAAAGAGAUGGAGAUGACCGAGAACUUAAGGCACCUGAUGAUCAGGAGGCCAGUCGGGAUCCGGCAGAGGAGCUGGCGGACUCCUCAGAGGAGGAAGAGGAAGAGGAGCCCGAGGUGCCAUCCGGACUGCGGGCACAGAGACUGUCAGAGCUGAGCCUCAGAGAAAAGAUGCCCCCUAUUCCAGACGGCAGCGCCUUCUUCAUCCUGAGCAACUCCAACCCGAUUCGCGUGUUGUGUUAUCGACUCAUCAACCAUCAGAUCUUCACCAACCUCAUCCUCAUCUUCAUCAUGCUGAGCUCCGUCUCGCUGGCGGCCGAAGAUCCCAUCCGAAACUUCUCUGCCCGAAACAUCGUUCUGGGUUAUUUUGAUUAUGCCUUCACCGCUAUUUUCACAGUGGAGAUCUUGGUGAAGAUGACGGCGUUCGGCGCUUUCCUCCAUAAAGGCGCUUUCUGCAGGAGCUACUUCAAUCUGCUGGAUCUGCUGGUGGUGGGAGUCUCUCUGGUGUCCUUCGGCAUUCAGUCGUCUGCUAUUUCAGUGGUGAAGAUCUUGAGGAUUCUGCGGGUUCUUCGUCCGCUGAGAGCCAUCAACAGAGCUAAAGGACUGAAGCAUGUGGUUCAGUGUGUGUUUGUGGCCAUCCGGACGAUCGGGAACAUCAUGAUCGUCACCACACUCCUGCAGUUCAUGUUCGCCUGCAUCGGCGUGCAGCUCUUCAAGGGGAAGUUUUACCGCUGCAGUGAUGAAGCAAAGUCAACGCCGGAGGAUUGCAACAUCACGGCCAGUCUCGACUAUUUAACUAUGCGAUGGAUGUUUUGAACAUGGUUUUCACGGGCGUCUUUGCUGUGGAAAUGAUUCUCAAGCUGGUUGCCUUCAAGCCGAAGGGUUAUUGUGUGGAUCCCUGGAAUGGUUUUGAUGCUCUGGUGGUCAUUGGCAGCGUAGUAGACAUCAUUCUAAGUCAGCAUUAUUUUGCUGAUGCAUGGAACACAUUUGAUGCCUUAAUUGUUGUCGGUAGCAUCGUUGACAUUGCAAUCACAGAAAUCAAUAACACGGAGGACAGUGCGAGAAUCUCCAUCACGUUCUUCCGGCUGUUUCGGGUCAUGCGUCUAGUGAAGCUGCUGAGCCGAGGAGAAGGCAUCCGCACGCUACUCUGGACAUUCAUCAAGUCUUUUCAGGCUCUGCCGUAUGUGGCUCUGCUCAUCGCCAUGCUCUUCUUCAUCUAUGCUGUCAUCGGAAUGCAGGUGUUCGGGAAGAUUGCUAUGGUGGAUGGAACCAGUAUUAAUCGCAAUAAUAAUUUCCAGACCUUUCCUCAAGCCGUGCUCCUGCUGUUCAGGUGUGCGACAGGUGAAGCGUGGCAGCAGAUCAUGUUGGCUUGUUUACCUGGAAAACUGUGUGAUUCCGAGUCCGACUAUAAUCCUGGAGAAGAGAAAUCCUGCGGGAGCAACUUCGCCAUCCUCUACUUCAUCAGCUUCUACAUGCUCUGCGCUUUCCUGAUCAUUAAUUUAUUCGUCGCCGUCAUCAUGGACAACUUUGACUACCUGACACGUGAUUGGUCAAUCCUUGGACCGCAUCAUUUAGAUGAAUUCAAGAGGAUCUGGUCGGAAUAUGAUCCCGAGGCCAAGGGCCGAAUCAAGCAUUUAGACGUGGUGACGUUACUGCGCAGGAUUCAGCCGCCGCUGGGCUUCGGCAAACUGUGUCCUCAUAGAGUCGCGUGCAAGAUGAUGAGAUCACUGUUGGGAAGUUCUACGCAACUUUCCUGAUCCAAGACUACUUCAGGAAAUUCAGGAAGCGCAAAGAGCAAGGGCUUGUGGGAGGACAGAUGCUCUUCAACACCACCACCGCUCUACAGAGGAACGGUGUUGUGUUUGGGAAUCAUGUGAGUGGUGAUCAGUUCAGCAGUGUUACCCAGCGUCCUCUGCAGCUGCCGCUCCCACAGAGUCAGCCACUGUCCGAUGCCAGAUCCUCCAACUCCAAUAUAAACAAUGCCAAUGGUCCCGGCAUCACCAACGGCUGGCACAGCGGCAGGAGCCUGGUGUCAUCCCUGAGCGUCUGCCUGAACCUCAGAGCAGAUGGAGAAACACAGACACACAGGCCGUUCUCCAGUGCUGUUGGAUAUCCCACCAUUCAAGUGGAGAACCCGACUCGUGAUGAUGUCAGUGACGAGGACAGGACUUCUGGAGAGUUUUACAGUGGUGAAGAGUUUCACGAUGAGGACGUGAUGCUGGCCAGAGACAGGUCAUACAGAGACGUUCAAGACACACUCAGUGAUGGAGAUUCAGUCCGAGACCAGGACAUGUAUGAGAGUGUGUGUGAUGAUGAAGACGAGCAGCUGAUUUCCCCGCAUCCCCAGCGCUCCUCAAGACGACUCCUGCGCUCCACGGCUCCAGCCUCCCACAGGUCUGCUUUUCAUUUCGAGUGUCUGCGCAAACAGAGUCAGGAUCAGAUUCAGCUUCGUCCCGCAGCUUCACCACCACAGCAUCAUCAGGUGAGGAUGAUGAGUGGCCAGGAAUCCAGCCAAUCACGACUCUCUCCGACGCGCUCCAUCCGCUCGUGGGUCACGCCCCCAACCACACCUCCUCCAUACACUCCACUGGUCCAGGCCACGCCCAGCGCCAGCAGCACUCCGGGAUUGGUCCACAGAGGCUUCUGGAACACACAGCAGGCUUCUGAUUGGUCGAUGCGGUCUCCGCCCACCACCUCCUCCCUCUUGAAGGUCCCUCCACGGCUAUGUGGACAUCAUCUGCAGACGCGGAGCAGCGCACACAGCCUGGUGGAGGCCGUGAUGAUAUCUGGUGGACUGGGAAAAUACGCGAAGGAUCCAAAGUUUGUGACUGUAACCAAACACGAGAUUGCAGACGCUUGCGAAAUGACAAUCGACGAGAUGGAAAGUGCCGCUAGCAACCUACUGAAUGUGACGCUGGGCUCUGGGGGAAACGAGACAGGUUUGAGUCCAAAUCUACGAGAUUACAGCGAUGAGGAGACGGACAGUAGCAGCCGACGGGACGAGGAUCUGGCCGACGAAAUGAUCUACGUCUCAGUGUUGUAGUGUUGUAAAAACGAGGUAACCGUGCCUUUAAAAACUGCAGUGUCAAGCUCUGCUGCUCACGCUGACCAAUCGCUUUACACUCCUUUUGAGCUUUUCAUGUAGUUAAACCUACUGAUGUCUUGGGGAAAUUUCCAAAACUGAUAAACUGGAAAAUCUGUUCAACUUUUGGUGAUUCCAAACCAACUUAACCAGAAAAAGCUCACUUGGUCAAACAGAUGCACCUUCGCUAACCGUUUAAAGCAAUCCAGGCUCAUUGGAAGUAUGUGUUUGGAGCUACAUUGUAGCAAAUCUGAAAUUCAUUGCUCAGAGUGUGUUUUAUUGUACGUUUCAGGUGAUAAAUCCACUAGAGGGCGCUGUCUACAUUUUUAAGUGAACCUGAAAUGCGUUACUCAGGGUUCGUUUGGAUGUAUAUUUCAGAUGAACAAAUCCACUAGAGGGCGCUGUCUACAUUUUUAAGUGAAUCUGAAAUGCGAUACUCAAGGUUUGUUUUGUUGUACGUUUCAGAUGACAAAUACACACGACGACGCUGUCUGAAUUUUAAGUGAACCUGAAAUGCUUUACUCAGGGUUGGUUUUGUUGUACGUUUCAAAGGAAAAGUCCACUAGAGGGUGCUGUCUACAUUUUUAAGUGAACCUGAAAUGCGUUACUCAGGGUUCGUUUGGUUGUAUGUUUCCGAUGUUUAAUCCACUAGAGGGGCGCUGUCUUAAAUUUUAAGUGAACCUGAAAUGUGUUACUCUGGGUUUGUUUUGUUGUACGUUUCAAAGGACAAGUCCACUAGAGAGUGCUGUCUAAAUUUUUAAGUGGCAAUAAAAUACGUUACGUAGAGUUUGUUUAGUUGUACGUUUCAGAUGACAAAUCAAUUAGAGGGCACUGUGAAAAUGAAAAUAUAUUGCUCCAGGUAUGUUUUGUUGUGCAUUUUAGAUGACAAAUGCACUAGAGGGCACUAAAUACAUUUCUGCUAAUAUGAAAUAUAUUAAUUAGGGUACAUUUUGUUGUAUGUUUCAGAUCCACGUCCACAAGGUGGCAGCUCUUGUUGUACAGAUCAGCUAGGGUACCACUAAGCUAAACAUUUCCCUAAACCCAACCAAUAGUGUUUUCAGAAGCAGCCAAAAGAGAAAAGUGCACCUUGACCAAGUGCUUUUACCUUGAUUUUGCAUUGCUUUUAUUUGUUUUGUGGAAGCGUGCUUCACCAGGACUCGAGCGCUCUUCAGCACUCACCACUGAGCAAACUGACCACCAGAAGAGUGUUUAUAUAGAGGUAUAAAGGUGACAAACAUAUUAAUUACAAAUCAUAGACAGCAUUAAGUUGUUUUGUGCUGUUUAUUUUGGUUUUGUGCAAAGAACGGCUUGAAGAUCAUCCUGUAUUUACCGUUAUUAUGUCCCUGUUAGUAUCAUUAAUGUGAAAAGGAGCAAAAGUUGUCAUCACACUGCCCCCUAGUGUUCAUUUUAUACACAAACUGCAACUAAACGUAAGUUAAAGUAUGUUUAUGUGGUUUCACACUAAAAUGUAGACUAAAGCAAGUGUUUCCAGUGAGCCUGAGUUGGAGUACAGAGUUUUAUUCACAUCUGUGAAGCAAUUACCAUGGUAAAAGCUUCACAGUGUUAACCACUUUUGGAAUAACCAGGGGCCUCACUCAUAAAGAUGUGCAUCAUGUACAAUACAACACAUUCUGAAGGUGUCCUAUGAAUGAUGUACUGUCAUAAACAUUUAAAUGCUCUUAAAUAUAUGUCACAGUUCAUUUGUUCACAAAUAUCUCUGGAAACACUUUAUUUUAAGGAUGCCUUGUUACACUUAUUUUCUAUAAUAAUUAAAAAUAAUUAA